GUAGUUCGCGUUCUGUUUGGUUCAGUUCAGUAUUUUUUGUUGUACCGUGCGUCCAUCGUUUGCUGUCAACAACAAACCUUCGUGCCAUCCGUGCCCUCUGAUAGUACUUUCCAAAACUUCCGACUUGAAAUUGAAUGUGAAUAAUUUACUUCUGUCUCUGGCCGGAAUUGUUUUCACAUUACCGCUCUGCUCGUACGGCGGAUAAUUGAUACAGAUCAUAGCUGGGCAGUGGCAAAAGAUUACGUGAGCCGUCUUAUAUCGCAGUUCAAACAUACAAUUGAGUAUUUUAUUGGCUUAAGUGUUCCCGUUUGAUGCACUUGUGUGCUUCUCUAGUGACAGCGUCUAAUCGGUCACCUAAAAUUGUAGUCUAUGGAUUCAAUUUUCCAAACUCGCGUUGUAAAACUGACAGACUUUAUAUAACCAGUGCAUUGUAUUCCGUUGGUUGCUAAAAUUGGGAUUCAAAAAUAAAAUAGCAACUUUUGGUGUCCAACGCGGUUGUGGUUGAGUGACGACUUGGCGCAGGCGUAUUUCGACUGAUUGAUUGAUCGUUUCAGUUUUUAUUAAUACUACUUCUCCUGCGCCACAGACAGUUUCAAUUGGUGUAGAUGUAUCCACUGGCUGAAUCAACAUUGGAGUGAACCAUACCCGGAUCGACAAAUCGUCUUGUAUAACAACUGCCCUACAAUUCCGUAGUGCAAGCCGUGCAGAGCUUCAGCUUCAUUGAUUAUAUUCUACAUCAAUACAGCCUGGAAGCGUACAGCAUGUUCGAACCAACUGAGGAGAUCCGUGAGCAAUGCCAGGAGCUUAUACUGACAGACAAGCACGUAGAGGAGCUUAUGCGGCGGGUGAUAAAGGAGAUCAACCGUGGCCUGCAGAAAGAAACACAACCCACCGCCGAUGUUAAGUGUUUCAUUACCUACGUGCAGGAUCUCCCAAAUGGCAAAGAGAAAGGUAAAUUCCUGGCCCUCGAUCUCGGUGGUACCAACUUCCGAGUGUUGCUGAUUCAUCUCAAGGACGAACAUGACUUCGAGAUGCUGUCAAAAAUCUAUGCCAUUCCACAAAGUAUUAUGCUGGGUAGUGGGACGCAACUGUUUGACCACAUUGCGGAAUGUUUAGCCAACUUUAUGAAGGAACAUUCUGUGUAUGAAGAGCGUCUACCUCUGGGCUUCACAUUCUCAUUCCCGCUUACACAGCUCGGUCUGACCAAAGGUAUUCUGGCCCGAUGGACCAAAGGUUUUAAUUGUUCUGGUGUUGUCGGCGAGGACGUCGUCCAGCUUCUGAAAGACGCCAUCAGCAGACGAGGGGAUGUUCAAAUCGAUAUAUGUGCCAUUCUCAACGACACCACCGGUACGCUGAUGUCCUGUGCCUGGAAGAAUCACAACUGUAGAGUUGGGCUGAUCGUCGGCACCGGCAGUAAUGCAUGCUACGUGGAGAAGGUUGAAAACUGCGAACUGUUCGAUGGCGUCAAGGAUCCGAAGAAGAAGCAUGUGCUGAUCAACACCGAAUGGGGUGCGUUCGGAGACAAUGGCGCCCUAGACUUUGUGCGGACGGAGUAUGAUCGGGAGAUCGAUCGCUUCAGUAUAAACCCCGGCAGACAGAUACAAGAGAAAAUGAUCUCUGGUAUGUACAUGGGCGAGCUGGCUCGCCUCGCCAUCGUCCGCUUCACCAAAGCCGGUCUGCUGUUCGGCGGCGUCGGUUCCGAUAUCCUGUUCAAACGCGGCCAGUUCUUCACUAAGUACGUGUCAGAAAUCGAGUCGGACAAACCGGGCACCUACAACUACUGCCGUGACGUGUUAGAUGAGUUGGGUCUGGAGCACGCAACCGAUGAGGACUGCGCCAAUGUGCGCUUCAUCUGCGAGUGUGUAUCGAGCAGGGCCGCGCAUCUGGUAUCUGCUGGCAUUGCUGCCCUCAUCAACAAGAUGGACGAGAAGAGUGUAACCGUCGGUGUCGAUGGUUCCGUGUACCGUUUCCACCCGAAGUUCCACGAUCUGAUGGUGCAGAAAAUCCGACAGUUCGUGAAGCCCGACAUCUCGUUCGAUCUGAUGCUGUCGGAGGACGGUUCCGGUCGUGGUGCGGCACUGGUUGCCGCCGUGGCGUGUAGAGAGGCCCUCUAAGCCGCGGCCCCUCUUAAUGUCCUCAUCAACCACAGAUACACAAAUAAUACACUAGUGAUUUAGGAAAUAAUUAUGUAACAUGUUAAACAAAAUCACACAUAGACAGCAGGUAGACAAAACGAAGUUCGAGAGGAAUGCUAUUAUACAUACAUUAAUCGUAACAGGUAAAAUCGCAAGCAGGAAGUAUCGUCAAUAUCAAUAGGAAGAAAGUUGCCAGAAUAUCUAGAGCAAGGCUGCAUGAGAGGAUAUUGUUAAUUAUUUAUUACAUAAUAAAAAAAUUGGAGCAAAAAUCUAGAAUGCAAAAGGGUAAUUGUUUCUACUAACAAUUCUGUUUAGCUGUACAUUAAUUAGUUUUACAAAAUUUUACAAUAAUACCACUUUAAGGGAUCGUGCAUGUUGAUACUUUUAGCAACGAUAGGAAAACAGAUGCAAUUCAGGUUUGAUUUGCUGUAUGAGUUAGUCAGCAGUGACUGCUUAUAGGAAAAUGACACCACCAUUGUCAAAGCUGAUCAUUCAAUGAUCGUCCAAUCCAUAUGGAGCUCUAUUGUAAAUACAUGCUUCUUCCGAUUUAACUAUCUCUGAGUAUAGCAACAGUAUAAAUGAGUUGGAAACAAAACAAAAAUUUGUGGCUUGUCUCAAUACCUGCUUCCGACAUAGUCCGGCUCGAGAAGGGAAACAAAAAGUAUAUUUUAAAAGAGUUGAGAGACGCUGUUAACGGACACAUAGUUCAAAUAUUAUCUACCGCCGUGAAAUAGAUAGCAAUACCCUCGUGUUAUCCAUGAGUGCUGCAGCGUGGAGAUGCCUAGUUUCGCCAAGUUUUGAUCAAUAGUCAUAGUCAUAGUUUACGAACCGCUAUCGCUUCUCCAGGGCAAGCAAUUAGUAACAAUCAGUCAUGAACAAUUACUUGCGGGGUAAUACUUGUCGGUACUACUACGCAAUGCAAUGAAAAAUCAUUGGAUACGGAAAACACAAAAAUACACAGGAUGCAAAAAUAUUACGUGUUCUGUGUACCAACCAACAAUUAAGAGAAAAAAUAUAGUAAAAUGUAAAUUAUUAAAAUUUAUGAAGAAAAUUACAAAAUCUGAUUGUAAUUUUACUUUAAAAAAGUAAUUUAAAAAGGGAACUAUUAUAAUACUGUUGACAGUGAAAAAAUAAAUAAAGAAAUACUAUGGAUCCAGUAGUUUACACAUUA